CUCACUUUUAGAUCGAUUUUAACUUUUCCCUGGGUGGAGUUAGGCGGCAAAGUUAACAUCACGUGCGCUAAGACAGGUUACAACGCUUCGAUCACGUUUCACACCAAGCCGUUUUAUGGCGGGAAACUUCACCGCGUCACGGGUGAAGUUAAGAACACUUCAACAGGACGGGUGAUCUGUAAAGUUAAUGGCGAGUGGAAUGGAAAAAUAGAAAUCAGCUUCACAAGUCACCAGGUUUGUGUUUAUUUAAAAGCUUCUUUUUUCAAACUGAAACCAUACGGGUGACUUUGUGCUUUCACAAAUUGCCUAUAAGUCUUUCAUGUAAAAGGCUCCGGGAACACUGAAUUUGUUGUUUCUCCUUCAGGAAGAACCAAAAAUUAUUGACACCAGAGAACUUCCAGUUUUUGGAAAGAGAGUUUGUCCGGAAUCAACUCAAGACGAGUGCGAGUCGCUACGUUUGUGGCAUAAAGUGACGCAUGCACUUAAGAAUGACGACAUCGAGUCUGCAACGUCAGCAAAACGCGAAGUGAGUUUUCAUUAGCGUAUCCCAGCGUCCUUUGGGGCUCGAGAAUUUUUAGCCAAUUAACUUACAGAAUUACUUCCUUUAUUGAAAUAUAGACGACUGGAAACAUAUGUAUUUCUUUCUACACCUCAGCUCUCAGUGUAAUUUUGGGUAUAACUGUAAAAGGCGCAUAUGAAACGUAGUUCUAAGUUGUGGAGGCUAAUUUAUACGUUAAGAGACGAGCUUAGUAAUGAGAUGGGUUGUUGAAAUUCCAAAGCGCCCCGCAUGUCUACUGCACACUUGCAAGACACGGCCGUCUCUUUUUCAGUCGUUGAAAGUCUUCCCGUGCUUGGCACCGGUUUGUUUAUUGUUUAUUGUUUUGUUUGCCAUAAGUUAUACAAAGCAAAAAAAAAUCUAAUUAUUUAAACUCUCAUGGCGAGGAAGCCCAAGAGAAGCCACCGGGCUUAUAAGGAAUAGGCUCCCUCAGUUAGAUAAUUAGAACAACUGAUUAUCAUAAUUACACAUGGGAAAAUUCGUACGGAAGACCACCGCAAUCAUGCGGAUCUUUCAGCAUCGCAAGAGGUUGUGACAAAGUAACAUCGACCUAAGGGAGGGUUUGUGUUCAGCGGUUUUCGUGAAAACAAGGGUUGGUGGGGGUUGCUUGGUCUCGUGGGCUCACAAAACCUCCCUUAGGUCGAUAUCGCAUGAGAGUGGGGGAAGGGGGAUCAAGGCGGUCCAAGACUCCCGCCUUCCAUACCUUGCAUUUCCGGCUCGCGCCCUUUUUUCCUUGACUUCCUCCCUUUAGCCAACUUCUCUCCCGCCUCCCAUACCCCUCCCGUUCCCUAUUCUCCCGGUCUUUCUGUCCCCUGUUCUCCCCUGCAUGACAAGUGUUUUCAUAUGAUUUCGUAAUCACCAAACACAUUUGGACGAUUAUAUGGUAACUAAGCUUUACUUGAAAUCCGUUUUUUUGGGUCGAUUGUUCAUGGAUAUAAAAUGCAAGUAAAUAAUGAUCAAUUCGCUCUGCAAAAGAAUCCUCUGCGAUUGAGUUCGCGUCUAAGGUUUUAGUGAUUUGGUUUAGGGUUUUCCGCUGAUAGAGGCUUGAUGCCCCACUAAAUUUUCAAUUCUAGCUUGAGGAAAAACAAAGAAAAGAAGCCAGAGAGAGAAAAGAAGCUGGUGUAGAAUGGAAAACAAAGGUUAGUUGUUCUUCAUUCAUGUAA